CUCGGGGGUUGAUAUCGGGCUCUGUUUCGCGUGUUACUGUAUUGUACUGUGAAUCUUGGGAGGGGGGCUCCUCUCAGGAUAAUCCGCAACUUAUCCACUCCUCCACACACACACACAUAUUGCGCCCAGGCUGAUACAAUUGUCUGAAGGCGGACUUUAUUACGUUGAUUGAUGUGUUUAUUUUGAAGAUUUUUGUUUAUGGUUUGGUUUUUAACACUCCGAGAGGGCAGAAAUGGCGGCCAACAUGUACCGGGUCGGAGAUUAUGUCUUCUUUGAGAACUCAUCCAGCAACCCAUACCUAAUCAGAAGAAUAGAAGAGCUGAAUAAGACUGCGAGCGGAAAUGUGGAGGCCAAGGUGGUGUGUUUCUACCGGAGGAGAGACAUCUCACACAGUCUGAUCCAGCUGGCGGACAAGCAUGCGAAGGACCUGGAAGAGGAGAGAGAUAGUCCCUCAGAGCCAGAACUGUCGGAAAAACAGAAGCACCAGCUCCGUCACAGAGAGCUCUUCCUGUCACGCCAGUAUGAAUCCCUCCCAGCCACACACAUACGGGGGAAGUGUAGUGUUGCACUUCUCAAUGAGACGGAGUCAGUGUUGUCCUAUCUGGAUAAAGAGGAUACAUUCUUCUACUCGCUUGUGUACGAUCCCACACAGAAGACACUACUGGCCGAUAAGGGGGAGAUUCGUGUAGGACCACGCUUUCAGGCAGAUGUCCCAGACAUGAUGCAAGAGGGUCUAGAAGAUGACAGAGACCAGUCCAAGUUGGAGGAGCAGAUGUGGGACCCAGAGUGUCCGCUGACCAACAAGCAGAUUGACCAAUUCCUGGUGGUGGCUCGGGCGGUGGGCACGUUUGCUCGUGCUCUGGACUGCAGCAGUUCCGUCAGACAGCCCAGCUUACACAUGAGCGCAGCAGCCGCAUCGCGAGACAUCACACUGUUCCAUGCCAUGGACACGUUGCAUCGGCACAACUACGACCUGUCGAGUGCCCUCAGCGUGCUGGUGCCGCAGGGCGGCCCGGUUCUGUGUCGCGAUGAGAUGGAGGAGUGGAGCUCGUCAGAGGCCAACCUGUUUGAGGAGGCACUCGAGAAGUACGGCAAGGACUUCAACGACAUCCGGCAAGACUUUCUCCCGUGGAAGUCUCUGACCAGCAUCAUCGAAUACUACUACAUGUGGAAGACCACAGACAGAUACGUACAACAGAAACGCCUCAAAGCAGCAGAGGCAGAGAGCAAACUGAAGCAGGUUUACAUCCCAACAUAUAAUAAACCCAACCCUAACCAGAUCUCGCUGAGCAACGGCAAAAUGGCCACCAUGAACGGGGCUGCAGCACCAGGAGGCUUCCCAGCGACUGGCGGCGGCCGUGCCUGCGAGAGCUGCUUUGCCAUCCAAUCCCCACAGUGGUACUCAUGGGGUCCCCCCAACAUGCAGUGUCGCCUGUGUGUGUCCUGCUGGAUGUACUGGAAGAAGUACGGUGGCCUGAAGAUGCCAAGCAGAGCGGAGGGUGCAGCAGAGGAGAGAACAACACCCCCCAGCCCCACGUCCACAUCCCACGUCAGCACGGAACCCCGUUCUCGUGGCCAUGGGCUGCGGCAGGGGGGCCACAUGGGUCCGGUACGGAUGAGCGGCAGCCCCAAGUCCUCCAUGAAGACCAAACAGGCCUUCCUGCUGCAAGCCACACGCCUCACCAAGCUGGCGCGUCACAUGUGCCGCGACCUGAUCCGGCUGCGGCGUGCCGCGCGCCGCCCAUUUGUGCCCAUUAACUGUGGGGCCAUAAAGGCGGAGUACAUGAUCAGAGUGUCAGAAGGCACAGGAGGGAGACCAGUGAGAGUUAGACCCACUCCAAGAAGUACCCUGACCAGUGUGCUGCAGUUCCUAGAGUCUCGCCCGGCGCCCCAUGGCCUAAGGCCCCCUGGACGCACCCCCAGCCUUCAGGUGCAACCUCCCCGACGCCUGCUCUCCUCCCUGCCCAGCCAUGGACCCCUCGGCAUGCUGGGAAAACGCAGCUACCAGCAUCACAGCCGGACGGAGGCAGAGAGGAGAGGUGCCACCGCAGUGCCAGAUGCCCCUGGACACAUUGUUGGACCUGUUCUGGUAAGACAUAAUGGGAAGAGCAGCAGUGGGUCCAGCAUGCGUGCCAGCAACAUGAUGCUGCGGAAGCGGCGACCCAACUGGAUUGACGCCCCAGAUGACAGCUUCUUCCUUGUUUCCCGGGAAACCAGGAAAGCUCGGAGGCUGCUCACUCGCUCUCAACUCAGAAAAGCCUGUAGACAGCCGUGUGAGCAGAUCCACCUGCGCAGGGUCUCCCAGGGCCCUCCCCAGGGGCCAGUGGUGGCCCCCCCACACCCCAGCUUGAGGAUGCGAGGACCCAUCGUCAUCCACGACUGAUCUGCCUCUUGGUUUGCCUGCAGUACACGCCAUUUUGCCAACGCC